UAAAAUCUUUAUCAUUUCUCAAAAUAAAACAUUUGCCAAAUUAAUUUCGUAUUAUAGAAAUUCGGGACGACUUCCAAUUCCAACGACUCCCUUUCUUAUUUUCUUCUCAAACUUUCGAUUCCGCGGUCUUUAUCUAUUUACGCGGAAUUCGAAAGCUUCAGUUCUGGACAUCCAAUUCCUCAAUCCCGCAAUAAUUCCAAUUUCCAGGGAAAAACUCCAACUCCAUUUGUUUCCUUGUAUACGACGACUUUUGCUUCUGAUUUUUUUCCCCUUUUUUCGUACCAUUUUUCCGUAGCCGGCGGGAGCGGAUUUCAAUGGGAACCCCAGAAUUCCCAGAUCUCGGGAAGCAUUGCACCGUCGAUGACUGCAAGCAGAUCGAUUUCUUGCCGUUCACAUGCGAUCGCUGCCGCCAGGUGUUUUGUUUGGAGCACCGGAGCUACAUUAAACACAGUUGUCCAAAAGCUGCCAGACAAGAUGUUACUGUUGUCAUCUGCCCUCUCUGUGCAAAAGGAGUUCGCUUGAUUCCCCAAGAAGACCCAAACAUUAGUUGGGAGACACAUGUCAACAUUGAAUGUGAUCCGUCAAAUUAUGAAAAAGUCACUAAGAAGAAAAAAUGUCCUGUCCCUGCUUGCAGGGAGGUCCUUACAUUCUCAAACACGAUCAAGUGCGGGGACUGCUUGGUAGACCAUUGUUUGAAGCACAGGUUUGGACCUGACCACAAAUGUUCUGGACCAAAGAAAUCAGAAGUAGGUUUCCCAUUUAUGGGUCUUUUGAGUAGAAGUAGAACAGAAACUUCAAAACCCAACCGAGCUCCAACGUCAUCCUCCUCCAAGUGGACUUCAAACUUUCGUAAUGCAGCUUCAACAGUUCGAGCCUCAGCUGAAGCUGGCAUGGCAAAAUUGAGCACUGAAAUAAGCCAAAAAUGGCAGAUCGCAAAGGAUGGAAUAGGGCAGAGCAGCAACAGCAGCAGAGUGGGUGGAAUCGGACAAGAAGAGUGCCCGCAGUGUGGUGCGAAGUUCUCCUCAGUUACAGCUCUGGUGGAGCAUGUGGAGAAAGUUCAUGAAAGGAGUGGCAGGCGAGGUGGGGUGAAGAAGGUAUCAAUUGAUGUCUGCCCAAAGUGCAGUAGAGGAUUUCGUGAUCCAGUUUCUCUUGUGGAGCAUGUUGAGAGGGAUCACGGUCGUACUCCAAUAGCUUAGGUAUGGUUGUUAAAACAGCAGUGUACUUAUGGUCAA